AUGACGUGUCCGGUCAUUGCUGAUAAAGUCGAUUUUCAACGACAUUUGAAUGGAUGUGAACGGCUUAUCAACGAUCUAAGUAAAUCAAUUCAAGCGAUUGAAAAAUUCGCUCAAAAACUACUCAUAAACCGCACAGCAUCAGAACAGGAAACGUAUUUCGAUGAAUUAAAUAACAUUACAUCUCAACUCGAACAUCUCUAUUCAUCAAUGUCAACAUUAGAUCAAUCGUCAUACGCUGUAAAUAGCAGAAAACGUCUCGAUGUUAUAAAAUGCAAUUUAGAAAAAACUCGAAUCAAAUUCGAACAAAUUCAACAAUACGCUCGCAUCGCAUUCGGUUAUCACUACGAACCAAAUCAAUUCGAAUCGAUUUCUUCAGAACAACAAGAACAACUGAUGAAAUUAAUCGAAAAGAGUCCGUAUGAUGAACAAAUGGAGUUGAAUCUGAUAAACCAACGCACGAUAACCGUGUCGACUUUAGAAGACGAUCUAACCGACUUACGCGAAACAUUUAUCGAUAUUGGCAAUAUCAUUCAUCAGCAAGGAACAACAAUAAACGCCAUCGAACAAUCAUUGACAGUGGCAGAUGAAAUGGUUUAUAGUGCGAAAGAAGAAAUCAAGACUACUGUGAAUAACAAAAAACGUUCGAAUCGAAUCAAAUGGAUUCUACUUGCGAUUGUCAUUAUUACUUGUCUACUUUUAAUCAUUAUCAUAUAUUUCUCGUUGAAAUUAGCUUCGCCUUUUCGGGCAAAAUAA